AUGCACCACCAUGUUGACAUGAAAAGUGUGAAACAGGCAUAUACGGUGUCAAAACCGCUGCCAUGGCCACCCACUGCCGAUGACCUUGACGCUUUUCCUCCGGAGGAAUUGGUCCCAGAUGCACUUCAAACAUUUCUGACACAACUCGUAUGUGGAGAUUCUGCGGGGACUGAAAAGACAAGACGAAUCGUCCUAUCAAUAGCUCAGGACAUUUGCCGCGCUGUUACGAAUGGCGAAUGGAAGAUGCCGAAGCAUAUUUUGCUGAGCACAACAGUACGACAUCUCUAUCGAAGCAAGAUCCUCACUACCAUGUUAAGUCGGUUGGGUCACAGUGAAUCAUAUGAUUAUAGUUUAGAGCUUGAGACAUCCCUAGCUAAAGCACUGAAUGAUUCUUCAUCCAAACUCACACCACUUAUUGUGACGGGCCCUGGAAAUGAAGUCUUCCAUGUUGAAUGGGACAAGCUGAAUAAGAUAACCACAAAUAUCCAUGGUUCCAAUGUGGUAAAUAGUACUGCAGGCAUUAUGAUCCAAGAAUUGAAGCCUGGAUAUUGUGCUACAAGUUCUGAGCGCACUCUCGGGGUCUACCAGCGCACAAAGGCUCGGUCUCUAAAGGUUGAUGAACAAGAAUGUCUACCACCCACUGCAUUGACCAAACGGUGCGGACCAACAUUUCCAAGGGAAGCUGUGUUCACAACACCACAUGAGAACCAUGACAUGUACCUAAAAGCCCUUCUGGAAUACAGGAAUUUGGUUUUUAUCCAGGGUUGUUGGAAGCAGUGCAGAUGA